GUGGAGUUCGUAUUGAGAGUGAUUGUAAACACACAGUGUUUGAUUGCACAGAAUGAAUUACAUCACAACUGGUGUAUUCAAACCAAAACUUUACAGAGACGUUUCAGAACAACCUCCAAGUUUAUAAAGUGAAGCAUUGUAACCGAUGUAUUGUAAAACCUAAGUGCACAAUGAAUCUUUACAUAACCCCAAUUCUCGACUGUUGUCUCAAGUGCUCGGUGAAGCGGUGAUAUCAGACUGCCAGACUAUCGGUGUGGGAUGCAGGAAUCAUGAGCAAGGAAUAGAAUGAAUCUGUUAUUGAAGAGGAAAUCACUUCUUUCAUUGCUCCCAAAAUGGAGGGUUACUGUAUCCAGAUGGGCCAAAACUUCCACUGCAAGCUCAAAGCUAAAGGAGUGCGACAAUCAUGGAAAGUCUCAGAUGCGCAUGAAUCCAUUAAAUAUCCAGAUGCUGUCUGGUGGUCUCCACAAACAGAUCUUUGGAAAUAUUCAGGUUGAGUACUCGGAGGAGGCAAUCCAAAAGAGCAUUGAACAUCUCAAAUAUCACAACCUCUGGGACAAGGAAACCUCCAUACUUCCUGAUGUAGAUUUGCAGCUGCCUAGGAUGUAUGGCAGAAAUAUCGACGAACACUUUCGUAUCCUUGCUCAGAAGCAAAGCUUCCCUUAUCUGGAAGCAGCCAAUGAACUACUGCAGUGUGACCUCCCUGCAAUGCCCACGGAGUGGACCUGGGCUGUUGGCUGGACAAAGUACAACCAGCAUGGUGAAGCAAAGUCAGUGGACUUCCCUGAUGACAGGGCACUGGUGUUUGAUGUGGAGGUGUGCUCAACCGAGGGCCUGUGUCCAACAUUAGCUGUUGCUGUGUCACCAAGUGCCUGGUAUUCCUGGUGCAGUAAGCGUCUCAUCGAGAAGCGUUACACUUGGUCCAAUCAUCUGGUCCUGGCAGAUCUAAUUCCCCUGGAGACUUCUGCAAACUUCACCCGCCCAUCAAGAGGUGAAUGGCUAAACAGACUGGUGAUAGGCCACAAUGUCAGCUAUGACAGAGCAAGGGUGAAGGAACAAUACCUGAUGAAGGGGACAAAGCUGCGCUUUCUGGAUACGAUGAGCUUGCACAUGGCUAUUUCUGGCCUGACUGGUUUCCAGCGCAGCCUCUGGAUGGCAAGUAAGAAGGGAAAGAGGAGUGGCCUGGAAGAAGUAAAACAGCACAUCAAACGAACCAACAGCAAGUCCAGAAGUCCAGGGAUUGGAGUUUGGAACUGGGUGAACAUCAGCAGCAUCAAUAACCUGGCAGAUGUCCACGCACUCUAUGUUGGGGGAAAGCCUCUAGAGAAGGAGGCUCGAGAGAUUUUCAUCAAAGGCAACAUGAAUGAUGUUCGGGAGAACUUCCAGGAGCUGAUGCGUUACUGUGCACUUGAUGUUAAGGCUACAUAUGAGGUGUUUUGUGAGGAGCUUCCACUAUUUCUAGACAGGUGCCCACACCCAGUGACUUUUGCUGGCAUGCUGGAAAUGGGUCAGUGCUACCUUCCCGUAAACCACAACUGGAAGCGUUACCAGGAUGAGGCACAGGGGACGUACGAGGAACUGCAAUGGGAGAUGAAGCAAUCCCUCAUGAACCUGGCUAACGAUGCCUGCCAGUUACUGGAAGGUGAAAGGUAUAGAGAAGAUCCCUGGCUGUGGGACCUUGAAUGGGACAUCCAAGAGUUUAAACAGAAGAAGAACACGAAGAGGAAAGGCAAGGCAUCAGUUUGCACCAGUGAGGAUAAAGAUCACGUUUCGGCGGUGGAGUUUGAGGAAGGUCAAGAUCCAGGACCUCCUUCAGAAGAAGAAGAGAAGAUGAAGGUUGUUACAAGUACAGCCCUCCUAGAUAAUCUGCAGCAAACAGCCAGUCUUCUUCCAAAGAGGAGACAGCACCUUCCAGGCCAUCCCGGAUGGUAUCGGAAGAUGUGUCUUAAGUGGAAUGAUCCACAGUGGCUGCCAGGGCCCGGCCUCAUUAGUCUCCAGAUGAGGGUCACUCCAAAGCUGAUGCGCUUGACUUGGGAUGGAUUCCCACUGCACUAUGCAGAGAAUCAUGGGUGGGGUUAUCUGGUCCCAGGAAGAAAGGACAACCUACCCACUGCUUCAGAAGUCACGAAUGCACCUUCCUGUCCGUACCAAGCCAUUGAGAAGUUGUACAAAGAACACAGCAAAAAGAAAGAGCAGGACUCAACAGAAGCCCUGGAGACUUCACUCAGUGAUGAAUUCAUGUUGACAGAAGACAGUAUGUGGGAAAAGGUGGAGGAGCUGAGCUGCUUGGAGACUGAGCUUGAAGCUGAUUUCCACGGGUCUGGGAGCGGGAAGAAGAAUUCUGAGCAGAAUCAAAAUGGAAAGCUGCAGCCAACUCUUGAGGAUAGCUGCCAUUCAUAUUACCAUGGCAACGGCCCGUACCCAGUGGUCAAUGUGCCUGGAUGCUGGUUCUUCAAACUUCCACACAAGGAUGGGAACCAUAACAAUGUUGGAAGCCCCUUUGCGAAGGAUUUUCUCUCGAAGAUGGAAGAUGGUACCUUGCGGGCGAGCAGCAAUGCCACAAAUGCAACCAGAGCAUUGGAAAUAAACAAGAUGAUCUCCUUCUGGAGGAACUCCCAGAAAAGAAUUGGUUCUCAGAUGGUUGUGAUGCUAAAGAAAAGCGAACUGCCUCGAUCAGUCACCAGGCAUGAUGCAUUUGAAGAAGAAGCCGCUUAUGGAGCCAUUUUACCACAGGUGAUCACUGCUGGCACAGUGACCCGAAGAGCAGUUGAACCAACCUGGCUAACUGCCAGCAAUGCACGGAGUGAUCGUGUAGGAAGUGAGCUGAAAGCAAUGGUUCAGGUACCACCCGGAUACCAUCUGGUCGGGGCGGAUGUCGAUUCACAAGAGCUGUGGAUUGCUGCCACCCUCGGAGAAGCCCAUUUUGCUAAAAUACAUGGCUGCACUGCAUUUGGGUGGAUGACGCUUCAAGGCAAAAAGAGCAAUGGUACAGACCUGCACAGCAAGACAGCUGCCACGGUGGGAAUCAGCCGAGAACAUGCCAAGGUUUUCAAUUACGGACGUAUUUAUGGGGCUGGGCAGCCAUUUGCGGAACGGCUCCUCAUGCAGUUUAACCACCGACUGACGCCUCAGGAAACUGAAAAGAAAGCACGGAAGAUGUAUGCAGCUACUAAGGGCAUACGAAGGUGUGUGCUUUCACAAGAUGGGGAGUGGCUGGUGAAGGAAUUGGGAAUCUCUGUGGAGAGGGCAGAAAACGGAACAAUCUCGAGCGCAGAUGCAAAGAAAAUCCAAAAGGAGGCUGCGAAAAGGUCAAAUGGUGCUAAGUGGAAGGUUGUGAAACAGCGAGUCUGGAGUGGAGGUACAGAGUCCGAAAUGUUCAACAAACUGGAAUGUAUCGCCACAUCACACUGCCCCCGCACUCCGGUGUUGGACUGCUGUAUCAGCAGAGCUCUAGAACCAAGUGCUGUAGGACAUGAGUUCAUGACUAGCCGUGUGAAUUGGGUGGUUCAGAGUUCAGCUGUGGAUUACCUUCAUCUGAUGUUGGUGUCCAUGAAGUGGCUGUUUGAGGAAUUCAAUAUUGAUGGUAGAUUCUGCAUCAGCAUUCAUGAUGAGGUCCGUUAUUUAGUGAAUAGUGAAGAUAGAUAUCGAGCUGCACUGGCAUUGCAGAUUACUAACCUUCUAACACGUUGCAUGUUUACGUACAAACUCGGGAUGCAGGAUCUGCCACAGUCCGUGGCGUUCUUUAGCACAGUGGAUAUAGAUCACUGCCUGAGGAAAGAAGUGACGAUGGAUUGCCAGACACCAUCCAAUAUUGCUGGACUGCAGAGGCGAUAUGGGAUUCCAGAAGGAGAAGCAUUAGAUAUUUACCAAAUCAUUGAAAAAACAAAUGGUUCUCUUAAACGAAAAUAAGCACAGAACAAGAAAUCUUUGGACUACAAAUGACAACUUCAGGAAAGUGACAACACAGUUCACCCACAAUUACUUGUGUGUGGUAU